GUCCAUCACUCUGUGGAGCUGCAGUGCCCGGCUCCUGGCUGAUGGCUUAGAGAUUCUCCUGAACUCCCAGCCAUGGAUCUUGGAGCAUUUCCCCCGAGAUCAGCAGGAGGGAGAAGAUGCCGUUCCACCACGUGACCGCCGGCCUGCUGUACAAGGGGAAUUACCUCAACCGCUCUCUCUCUGCUGGCAGCGACAGUGAGCAGCUGGCGAACAUUUCCGUGGAGGAGCUGGAUGAGAUCCGAGAGGCCUUUCGAGUUCUGGACCGGGAUGGGAACGGCUUCAUCUCCAAGCAGGAGCUGGGCAUGGCCAUGCGCUCCCUGGGGUACAUGCCGAGCGAGGUGGAGCUGGCCAUCAUCAUGCAGCGCCUGGACAUGGACGGGGACGGCCAGGUGGACUUCGAUGAAUUCAUGACAAUUCUUGGGCCCAAGCUGGUGUCUUCAGAAGGUCGCGAUGGUUUUCUCGGAAACACAAUAGACAGCAUAUUCUGGCAGUUCGACAUGCAGAGGAUAACCUUGGAAGAGCUGAAGCACAUUCUCUACCAUGCCUUCCGGGAUCACUUAACAAUGAAGGACAUUGAGAACAUCAUCAUCAACGAGGAGGAAAGCCUGAACGAAACCUCGGGAAACUGCCAAACAGAGUUCGAAGGAGUGCAUUCCCAGAAGCAGAACAGACAGACCUGUGUCCGAAAGAGCCUCAUAUGCGCCUUCGCCAUGGCCUUCAUCAUAAGCGUGAUGCUGAUCGCAGCCAAUCAGAUCCUGCGGAGUGGCAUGGAGUAG